AUGGGCUGGCUAGACCGGAGUAAAACUAGGAGGCCACAGGCUUCACAGAAAACCGGCGUGAAGCAAUGCCUACGUUGUGUUUCACCGUUGGGUCCCGAGGUGGACUCAGACACUACCCUGAAUGAUUACAUCCGCAACCAUCUGAACCUGCGCGGCACCAAGUAUAUGUGCAAGGAGGGUGGUUGCGGCGCAUGCAUUGUUGCAGUCACCGUCAACGACCCCCACCGUCGGACCUUCUCUGUCAACUCGUGCCUAGUCUCAGUGACCUCAUGUCAAGACUGGGAGAUUACUACAAUAGAGGGGAUCGGCAACCGAGCGCGAGGGUACCACCCCGUACAGAAGACCCUGGCUGAAUACAACGGCACUCAGUGCGGGUACUGCAGCCCAGGGUUUGUGAUGAGCAUGUACAGCCUACUGGAAGCAAACGGCUACGACUUAACUCAGUACGAGAUUGAGAACUCCUUCGGUAGCAACACCUGCAGAUGUACCGGCAGCAGACCUAUACUCGACGCCUUUAAGAGUUUCGCCAAGGACGCUCCUAAGCCUCCUCCAAAAAUAGAAGACAUCGAAGAUCUUAAAAUCUGUCACGAUAAAGGCGACUGUAAGGGAUGUGACAAGGACAAAAACUGGUGUGUGGUCAGCCAGAGCGAUGUUGAUCCUCCUCAGAUUAAGAAAAUCAAUCUAAAAGAUGGCCACGUGUGGUACAGAGUGAACGAGAUCAAUGAUAUAUUCACUGUGCUGGAUGCUGAGGGCUAUGACUCUUACAUGCUGGUUAACGGUAACACUGGUCGAGGCGCCGUUCCAGUACUGGUCCAUCCAAGAGUUUUAAUAGAUAUUAUGCCAAUAAAAGAACUUAAGGGAUAUCACUUAGACCAGAACCUGGUGGUCGGUGCUGGCAUAACUCUGACAGACCUAAUGGAACUGUUUAAGAACGUCUCAAAGGCUCACGAGGAGUUUCAUUAUCUGUACAAGCUAUAUGAACAUUUAGACUUAGUCGCCCACAUUCCAGUGAGAAAUAUUGGUACUGUGGCUGGGAAUCUGAUGACAAAAUAUCGUCUACAUGCUUUUUCAUCAGAUAUAUUUUUGCUGUUGGAAACUAUCGGAGCAACUUUGGUUUUAGUGGGUAAAGGACCAUUAAUGGAAGUGACCCCAGAACAAUUGCUCUCGGUAGACAUGACAGGGAGAGUGAUAACUCAUGUUAAGAUACCUCCACGGUCUCAGCGAUACCAGUUUGUGUCCUUCAAGAUCAUGCCUCGUGCUCAAAAUGCGCAUGCUCAAGUGAAUGCUGCCUUCCUAUAUGAAUUCGAUGACCAUCAGAAGGAUGUAGUCCUAUCAGCCAGAAUUGUGAUCGGUGGACUGUCGGGAAAGUUUGUCCAUGCCACUGAAACCGAGAAAUUUCUACACAUGAAGAAGAUAUUCACUAAUGAAGUGCUGCAGCAAGCACUGAAGAUACUAGAAGGCGAAUUGAUAGUUGAAGAAAUUGCAGGCGAAAUGAAACCUGCGUAUAGGAAGAAAUGUGCCCUCGGUCUGUUUUAUAAAAGUCUACUAGUACUUAUUCCAAAACAACGUCUUAAACCUUGGUAUCGUUCAGGAGCAAGAGACUUUAGAAAGACUAGACCUCUGUCUAAAGGCUCCGAAGUCUACGACACAAAUCCCAUAAUAUGGCCAGUCAAUGAACCGAUGCCAAAGAUUGACGCAUUAGUACAAUGUGCAGGAGAGGCGAAGUACUGCAAUGACUUGCCAACACAACCCAACGAAGUAUUUUGUGCUUUUGUAACGUCGGAUAUUUGUACAGGAGAGAUAGAAAGUAUCGACGCUACUCCUGCUCUGAAAAUACCCGGAGUGUUAGCGUUCUUUUCAGCUAAAGACAUUCCUGGUAAAAAUUCAUUCCUGUCACAGAGAGUACCUGCCCAAUUAUUCCCUGAAGAAGUUUUCGCUGAAAAAACUAUUAAAUACUACGAUCAACCUAUAGGAGUGAUCGUUGCUGAAACGGAAAGACUAGCUUAUAGAGCGGCUUUAUUGGUCAAAGUUAACUAUAAACUUGAUAAAAAGAAACCAAUAUUGACGAUAAAAGAUGUUAAAGAGAGAGAACCGAGUCGAAUAAGUUUAUUUGCAGUUUUUCCAGCCAGAAGCCGUGGUGUUAAUGUGCAAAGAAUUCUUAAAGGCACUGACGAUAUAUACGCGCAGUACAUGUACACAAUGGAAACUCAAACCACAGUCACGAGACCCAGUGAAGAUGGUAUUGACGUGUAUGCUAGUACCCAGUUUCUGGAUUCUUAUCAUGUCGCUCUCUCAGAAGUACUUAAUAUUCCACAAAACAGGAUAAACAUAACUGUUCCUCGAUGUGGUGGUGCAUAUGGCGUUAAGAUAACUCGUGCAAAUCACAACGGUGCAGCUUGCGCUCUGGUCACCCAUCUUAUGGAUCGACCGUGCCGCUUUGUUAUGAGUCUUCAGUCUAAUUUAAGAGUUGUCGGCAAGCGACUGCCUUGCAGUCGAGACUUUGAAGUUGGCGUCAGCAGUUCAGGUGAAAUUCAAUAUCUGGAGUACCAAUUAUUCGGCGAUAAUGGGUAUGUUUUCAGCGAUCCAAUUGCUACAGCUCAGUUCACUGGAGUCAGAAACUGUUAUGACAACAGACGAUGGCAGUUCAAGAUAUUUAACGUUACUACCGACACACCUUCGAAUACGUUCACAAGAUCACCGGGAACCUUAGAAGCAAUAUCAAUGACAGAGCAAAUAAUGGAAAGAAUAUCGUAUGAAUUAGAACGUGACCCAGCACAAGUAAGACUGAAUAACAUCGAGCCUACCUAUGUCGAAGUACAGGAGAUGGUACAGACCUUACUUAAGGAUGGUGAAUAUGAAAAGCGUAAAGAAGAAGUGAAGAAUUAUAACAAAGUGAACAGAUGGAAGAAACGUGGACUUAGGGUGGCCUUUAUGAAUUGGCCCGCUCCUACAUUAAUUGAUUAUCACGUAUUGCUCUCCGUGUACCAUGGAGAUGCUACAGUAGUUAUACAUCAUGGAGGAAUAGAAAUGGGACAAGGGAUCAACACAAAAGUCAUUCAAGCUGUUGCUUAUACUCUAAAAAUUCCAAUUGAAAAAAUCAAAUGUAAGCCAGCAACAGUUUCUACAAAUCCGAAUAAUUUCGCGACUGGAGGUAGUAGAACCACUCAGGCUGUGUGUUUCGGUGCCAUAAAAUGCUGCCAGAUUAUUCUAGAUCGUUUAUCAGCUGUACGAGAUACUUUGAAUGACCCUACUUGGGAAGUCUUAGUUGAAGCAGCUUACACCAGGGGAAUAAAUCUCCAAACCAGCUACCGAGUCACUGCUAAUGAUCAGGUGCCAUAUCGAGCUGGAGGAGUGGCACUGGCCGAGGUAGAACUUGACAUACUGACCGGAGAGCAUGAAAUACUAAGAGUUGAUAUUAUUGAAGAUGUCGGUACUAGCAUUAAUCCAGAACUGGAUAUUGGUCAGAUCGAAGGAGCCUUCAUGAUGGGUGUUGGCUACUGGACUCACGAGGAGCUCAUUUAUGACGAGAAGACUGGAGAGCUGCUCACAGACCGCAGCUGGUACUACAAGGUGCCCCUCACCAAGGAUAUACCCAUCGACUUCCGAAUACAACUCAGGAGGAACUCUUACAACCCCAUUGGAACUCUGGGUGCUAGGGCGGUAGCGGAGCCCCCCACGUGCUUGUCCAUUAGCGUCGCUUUUGCUCUGAGAGAAGCGAUAGCGUCAUCCAGGGAAAACACAGGAUAUCCGAGAAACAAAUGGUUUAGAGUAGGCCCGAGCGUACGGCGCGUAGCGUUCCGCGCGCGCCUCAAAAGGCCAAUAGACCACCACAGACGGGGCCCUAAAGGGCUGAUGUUCAGCCGGGGUUGCGGGGUAAGCGCAAUAAGGUACCGCGACCUCGGCACAGAGCAGGAGAAGGAACAGGGGGACGGUCCCUUCACACUGGCCGCUAAUGUGCUCUCAGCUGAUGUCAAGCUUGAAGAAUUUCUAUUUUAUUAG